GGGCUCCUGGCGGAGCUCGGAAACCUCCUGGACCCCAAAGGGGAACCCCUGGGGCUGCUGGACCCCGAAGAGAGCCCCGAGGAGUCCGAGGAUCACGAAGAGAGUCCUGAGGAGUCCGAGGAGUCUGAAGAGAGCCCCGAGGAGUCCGAGGAUUUUGAGGAGAGCCCCGAGGAGUCUGAGGAUCACGAAGAGAGUCCUGAGGAUCCCAAAGAGAGCCCUGAAGAGUCCGAGGAUCCCAAAGAGAGCCCCGAGGAUCCCGAGGAUCACGAGGAGAGUCCUGAGGAGUCUGAAGAGAGCCCUGAAGAGUCUGAAGAUCCCAAAGAGAGCCCUGAAGAGUCCGAGGAUCACGAAGAGAGCCCUGAAGAGUCCGAGGAUUUUCAAGAGAGCCCCGAGGAGUCUGAGGAUCAUGAAGAGAGCCCUGAAGAGUCCGAGGAUCACGAGGAGAGCCCUGAAGAGUCUGAGGAUCCCAAAGAGAGCCCCGAGGAUCCCAAAGAGAGCCCUGAAGAGUCUGAGGAGUCUGAAGAGAGUCCUGAAGAGUCUGAGGAUCCCAAAGAGAGUCCUGAGGAGUCUGAGGAUCAUGAAGAAAGCCCUGAAGAGUCUGAAGAUCACGAGGAGAGUCCUGAAGAGUCUGAAGAUCACGAGGAGAGCCCCGAAGAGUCCGAGGACCACGAAGAGAGCUCUGAGGAGUCCGAGGAGUCUGAAGAAAGCCCUGAAGAGUCUGAAGAUCAUGAGGAGAGCCCUGAGGAGUCUGAGGAUUUUGAGGAGAGCCCUGAAGAGUCUGAAGAGAGUCCUGAGGAGUCUGAGGACCACGAAGAGAGCCCUGAGGAGUCUGAAGAUCACGAAGAGAGUCCUGAGGAUCCCAAAGAGAGCCCCGAGGAGUCUGAAGAUCACGAGGAGAGCCCUGAAGAGUCCGAGGACCACGAGGAGAGCCCCGAGGAGUCUGAAGAUCACGAAGAGAGCCCCGAGGAGUCCGAGGAUCACGAAGAGAGCUCUGAGGAGUCUGAAGAAAGCUCUGAGGAUCCCGAAGAGAGCUCUGAGGAAUCCGAGGAUCCCGAAGAGAGCUCUGAGGAGUCGGAGGAGCUCAGCGUGGAUCCGACCCUCCUCGGGGAGCUGGCAACCAAACUAAAAG